AUGGAUAUCGGCCACGAAGAAAGUCGUUUACCUCUUUUGAACGAUUCACCAUCAAAUACAACCGUUGCUGCCAUAUUCUGUUCGCGAAAUCCACUGAAAAAUCCUGACGAAACUGCUACAUCACCAACACAAUGUUGCGUCCAACUCGAGCUCAAAUCCAGCACUAAACAAUCGUAUUCCGUUUCCAAAAACCUUUCCAUUGAUGAUCUCAAAAAAUUGCAAGAGUGGCUGCUUCUCCAAAUUUACAGUACUUCAGAGACACUGGUAGAAUUGCUGCAGGAAAGGCAACAGCUGAGCGAAGAAGCUCAUGUCCGCUUGAUUAGCAUUGAGCAGCUGCACAGGCUUCUUGAAGCAAGAUGUUUCUAUCGUGGUCUUUCGACUGGACUUUUUUCAUAAUAUGCACUUACAUUUCUUUUGUCUGGUGAUAUUCAUGUCUUCUGCUUCAUUAUUGAUUAUUGUGUACAUUUAUGAAAAAUGUCUUGUAACUUUCAACAGUAUUUGAACCAAAGGUUAUUGUCAACCAUUAAAGAGAAAUAAACAACUAGUCAGUAACAUUUUA